AAGCCUCAGACAACAGACGCUAGGCCUGGUUCCGAUCCGAGACCGAGACGGUGCACGGAGCGGCGUGGGAGGAAGCUAGCGCCCGCGAUGGCGAACCCGGCAGCGUCGUGGCAGCGGGACGAGCUCGCCGACUCGCUGACCGAGUUCUUCACCAACGUCACCCUCAUGGUCCGCGGCGAGCUCCAGGGGACGAACAACCAGCUAGCUCUACUUGAGAAGAUGAAUGAUCGUGUAGUGCAGGAAUACAGCAACUAUGGAGAUGUCGCUGCUGGUCUGCGGGUCUUUGUAGAGCAGCUAAAUGAGAAGAAUCGAGGCUUUGAUGAGUAUAUAUCGCAGAUUGAUGCAAUAGAUCUACAGGUAACUGAGUUUGAGGCAGUGGUGUCCAUGCUCGAUAAGCAUGUCUCCCUCUUGGAGAAGAAGGUCAAGUCUGCCCAUCACACCGCUUCAACACAAUAAUUCCUCUCCAGAACAUGUUGUAGAUCUUCUUCUGUUUCUUCUUUAGGCAUUUGAGCUGGUCUGAGUAAAAGUUCAAUUGUGGAUGAGAAAAUAAUGCCAUGGACGCUAACGUUACAAUCAGGUUUACAGACCCUAAUCAUGGCCAACUGUUUCACAAGAAACCUGUCCCUGUUGUGUAACUCUGAAGCAAUGGUUGAAGUGGCAUUUUCCAGUGUAAA